UAAUGGCGACGAUGCCUCCCUUUGCGCCACUAUAAAGUCUCUCUUUCAAUUCAUCGAUGUCGUUACCCCUCCCGAAGGUGCAUGCAAUAUAUACAUCAAUGGCAGAUUCCGCAACCUCUUCGCUACUUGUAAUAUUAUUACUAGUUUCACCAUUGCUAUGCAUAUGUUCCUCGCAAGGAAGUUCUACCAACUUGCGCGUCAUCCUGACACACGUCGAUGCCCACCGAGAUCUUUCCCCGCUGCAAAUGAUCAAACGAUCUAUGCAACGUGGGAAACAACGACACGGUGAAUUUCUUGCCGGAUUGAUGGUGAGCACACAAGGCUCCAGUGACGUCCGAACGCGGGUUGUGGGCGGUGACGGAGAGUUUCGCAUGAGCUUGUCAAUUGGGACCCCGCCUGUGCCUUUCCUUGCGAUAAUGGACACAGGUAGUGACCUGAUAUGGACACAGUGCAAGCCAUGCAAGGCCUGUUUCAAGCAACCGACCCCAAUUUUUGACCCUGCGGAAUCGUCUUCCUUUGCCAAAGUCAGCUGCUCGAGUCCAUUGUGCAAGAAAUGGAAAGAUUCAAAGUGUGGAAGUAGCUGUGAGUACUCCAAUUCCUACGGGGACGGAACGUCGACAGAAGGGUUUCUAGCGACGGAGACUUUCAACUUUGGAGGGUCUGACAACGAAUCUUCUGUCCCAGAUAUAGGAUUUGGGUGUGGGGUGAACAAUGAUGGCCCGGGGUUGAACCAUGGUGCUGGUAUAGUGGGACUCGGUCGUGGACCUUUGUCCCUGGUUUCACAACUUCAUACACGACAAUUCUCCUAUUGCUUAACGUCGAUCGGCGGCACCAAUGGCAGCAGCAGUCUUUUUAUCGGAUCUGCACCAUCCAGCGUGCAUAUCUCGAAUGCUAGUACCACCCCAUUGCUUGAAAAUCCAGUUCUACCGACAUUCUACUACAUAUCUCUUGUAGGCAUCAGUGUGGGCCGAAAUCGCCUGUCCAUUCCGCAAUCGUGGUUCCAGUUAACCAAAGAUGGAACUGGGGGCUUAAUCGUGGAUUCCGGAACCACAAUCACUCUUUUAACCGAAGAUGCCUACGAUGUGCUGAGGAGAGAGUUUCUGGAACAAACGAAACUUGAAUUGUCGGACUCAUCAGACAAUUCUGGAUUGGAUCUUUGCUUUGACCUUCCACAUGGCAAAUAUGCUAAGCAGAUUGCAGUCCCUAAACUGAUAUUUCAUUUCACGGGGCUAGAUUUGGCCCUGCCCCCAGAGAACUAUAUGAUUGUGGACGAGAAGAUGGGGUUGGCAUGCUUGGCUAUGGCCCCGGCAGGUGGUUUUUCAACCCUAGGGAACAUUCAACAACAGAAUAUGUUGGUUGUCCAUAACCUCGAACAGAAGACCAUGUCAUUUGUUCCCACUGAUUGCGGUAAACUGUAGGUUGUUCCCGCAUCAUGUGUCGAGUCAGUCGAUCGAUUUCUGCAUGCUGCUGGUUUCAACAAGUUUUGUUUUGUUUUGUUUUUUUCAAAUAAGUUGCCUGUGUGCAUAGAGAAAAGUUGUUGAUUGGGUAAGCCAAAAAAUAAAAAAUAUUCUUUCCUCCAAACCCAAAUCAAUCGCUUAGUUCUAAGGAACUUUUUGUUUUUGUCUCUAUGAUAAGACUACAAGGGUAUACUGCUCAUGCGAUGAAGAUGAGCCAUGAACGUCUAAUGAGUCUAGCAAUGUAUAGUACUCUCUGUUAAAGUGUCCCAGUCAUUAUUGGCUUUAUGGUCCACUAUCAAUUGAUUGAACUAACUGUUUUGGCUCAUUGUGGGAGAGGUUUAGAGGUGAGACAAAAUAUAAAAUUUUUAUCUCAUUUCAUUUUAUUAUUAUAUAUUUUUUAAAUUUUCA